CUCACAUCUCCCCUCCCAUGGUCGCCCCUGCUCUUCAUUCCCUCAUGGUCGAUUCCGGUCGCGGGAGCAUCCGUGGGAGGCGUACGCGGAGGUGCGGGACUCGCAAGCCCGUGCUCUUCCUUGCUCCUUCUUUGAAUCCGGUCGCCGAAGUGACAGAGGAGGCGCUCAAGCUCGGUAUGCUCGCCGGGGACGCCACCCCUCCCUCUCCUCCGGAUGCCCUCGCCGUCGCCGUCGCCGCCAUGAGCCUCUCCACCCUCUCCCGCGUGCUCGCUUGCUCGUCCUGCUCCAGAUUAGUCUCCCUCUCCGACCCCUCCGCUUGCUCUUCCCGUCAAUUCGGUUCAUCGGCAGGUGCAUUACCUCACUGUGUGCAAUAUUCAGUCCCCUAGGAUUAUCUGCUCAGGGACCAUGGCAUGUCCGCCGCCGUCGCUGCUUCCCGUCUGUGAGGGCGCCAGGAUGUGUCUCGUGCAUUGCUAUCUGACGUCUGCUCUGUGGAGCCAGGCUUCGUUUGCCAAUGGGGCCGGCAAGGUCCGAGACUGGAGAUCCUUGCUCGCCAACUCGCAGUCCCGACGGCUGUUCUCCUACCAGUCAAAAAAGAAUUUCCUGAAGGAGAAGAAGGAGGUCCCGAAAGGGGAUGGGAGCAACAAGUCUGAAUCGAAGGAUCCCCUUUGUGGACCACAUUCGGUUGCUGGCCCUGCCCUUGACGUCCACGGUGACGCGGAUGAUGAUAUUGGCCCUGUUGUUGAGCCGCAAACAUAGACUGCUGCUUUGACAGGUCAAAGGAAGAAGUUGAACCUAAAGAAGUACAAAGAAGAAUUACAACUGCGUGUGUCCGGCUGGCUCAAGGUGUACCCGAGUUGUUCAAGGGACGUGCAGGGCAGGCUCCUGGCAGUGGGGAUCUCGCCUAAGGAUGCCACACUGCGAGGGCAGGGUCCUAGGUGUUCCGUCACCUGGCCUCCUUGCUCCGGCGGCCGCGUGUACGGAUGCGACGCUACUCGCGGACGGACUCCAUGCUGCUCCCGGCAACAAUCAGCGAUGGCGAUGGCGAUGCUGCGACGUUACGGUGCUGUGCCGCGAGGUUGGCGUGCAGGCAGGAUAGGGUGGUGGUGGGCCGCGUGGAAGUUAAGGGCGAUGGGAGCAGAUUCCGUUUAGUUUCCUUGCUUUUCGUCGUUUUCGAUGAGAAUCGAGUGAUUAAAGGGGACGGACGCGGGACUGGUAUUUCUCUGCCGGUGGGUGGAUGGUGGAGGUGGAGCACAGUCAGUCAUUGGAAAUUGCUACGUGCACACCAUAGAGGUAUUGGAUCAAUGAGGGCUGUUAGAUUUAGAGUUGUGGGCUUAAUCAUGUGGUGCUGAUUGGUUUG